CCAAAGAACAACAGGUAGCAAUAUGAUAUGAGCAUGUCAACAAAUGUAGGAAAGAUUCGCCUAAAAAAUUUGACCGACUUACAAAGGCCAGAUAAUGCUGAAACAGAAGCAAUUGCAAUAUCCAUUCAAAUCGAUGAUAGAACUCCAGAGAAACAGCCAAAGGCGCGAAAAGUGCGCGCAGCGACAACCACAAGGAAAAAGAACAAUGAUGAAAUUAAGAAGGAAAAAGUUGCUGUUAAUAGCACUGAUGUAAAGCGCACAGGAAAAAAGGAGCUACUACCAGGACAAUUGCGCAUAGACACCUUCUUUAAGAGUAGCUCCAAAUGCAACAAAGUGGAACCAGCCCCAGUUCGCUCACCAGCAAAGCCAAAGCCUCACCGGACACCACGUAAGGGAUGCAAGCGUCUGUUUAUCGGGGAUUCAAGCACAACAAAAGCAACGAUCCAGAUGGCAACAACUCCUUCAGACGCUGAGCAUAAGAAGAUGGCCACACGCAAGCGAACCCAGCCGCAGCGAAGUGCAAGGGCGAAAUGCGCAACUCCUCCCAGUGACAUCAUUGAUCUCUGCACCGAUGAUGAAUCGGAAUUUGAAAGAAAAGAAGAAUCCUGUGAGCUUCAGCCCACAACACUUGGUGUGCUGGAGUCUCGGCAGCCGGAAGCGUUACCCGUGGUCACUGUACCCCAUCACAAUCUGUCGAUGAAAAUGGAAACCGAUGCGCUCGCCAAGGAAAAUAUACCGAAAGGCAGGAAGCGCAAGCGUUGUCCGUCUUAUAAGAUAGUCGAGGAUACGACAUUCGUUGUGGAUGGCUUUCAGUUUGGCAACAUUCCGAAUGCGACCCAUUACUUUCUCAGUCACUAUCACGCAGAUCACUAUGUGGGCCUAACUCGCAAAUUUGCCCACCCGCUCUACAUGAGCCCCAUCACAGCAAGGCUGGUAGAGAAGUUUAUACCCAUAGACAGCCAGUUUGUCCACGAAAUCGAUGUGGAUAAGUCCGUUGUAGUCAAGGACAUUGAAGUCACCGCCAUAGAUGCCAAUCACUGUCCGGGUGCCAUAAUGCUGCUCUUUAAAUUUAGUACGGGCAAAUGCAUACUGCAUACGGGCGAUUUUCGGGCAAGCUUUGAAAUGGAGUCUCUGCCCAUCUUUUGGAAUGAGCCGAAUAUUGAUCUACUUUACCUGGACACCACAUACUUGGCGAAAAAUUAUGAUUUUUGUCAUCAGUCCGAUAGCAUUUAUAGCGCUUGCUCUUUGGUGCAGAAAUUCCACGAGAAGAACGCCAGCAAGCGGAUAUUGCAUGUGUGUGGCUCCUAUUUGAUUGGAAAGGAGAAGGUGUGGCUGGCUCUGGCCGAGGAGUUUGGCCUGCGCGUCUGGACGGAACCUCAUCGCAGAAAGGCCAUUGACUGCCUCAAUUGGCCGGAACUGCAGCUGGUGCUGAGUGAUGAUCCGUUUGACGCGAAUUUGCAUGUCAUCGGCAUGGGAAAGAUUAGUUAUCCGCAACUUGACCAGUACUUUAAGCAAUUUGAGAGCCAAUUUGAUAUGUUGCUGGGCAUUCGUCCCAGUGGCUGGGAGAAGAACUCAAAGCCGUCUUAUGGCAAACGGAUCAGUGUGAUCGGAGUGGAAUACUCUGAACAUUCCAGCUACAAGGAGCUCGAGCGUUUCGUACGUUUCCUCAAACCAACGAAUGUGAUCAGCACAGUUCCUGUGCAACCACGUGAUCUCUGUGUGACCGCCACGGUGCCGACAAAGUGGUAUAAAUAUAAUGGCCAUGGUGGCAUGAUCAGCACGAGCUAUCAGCCGUCGAUUUCAACGUUUCUGGAGAAGACGCAGCGCAAGAUUCCGACAAGCUUUACUAUGACAUUAAGUCCAAUAAAGGACGACAACAUAUCAUCGUCUACUGACGGAGGUUAAGCACACGAGGCAGUUGUUUCAACGAAAAGAGCCCAACCAAAGGUUGCACUUGUUGCAGAGCAAUCCGUCAGCAGACUUACAUUUGAUGCCUCAGAUGAUUUUCUCUCUUUCAUAUAGUUUUUUGUAACGCUAAUAGGAUUAUUCGUGUUUUUAUUAUUAUUGUGUAAAUAGUGAGUUUAUUGCAAUCAAUCGUUUCUCAAAUCCAAAUAGAAAAAAUAUAUUAUUGGAUUCAUUUAAGCAGACAUUAAAUUAAGAAAUAUAUAAUUAUGCUUUGGCCAAAUUUAAAGUAAUUUUCCAUUUUAAUAUACUUUACGCUUUUAAAAACUAUUUGCAUGUACAGCACAAAUCGAGUUUACAUUAUUUUUUUUCCGCUCAAUUAAUAAACAGGGCUGUUUGAGAAUCUUAUCUGAAAUCAUUGAUAUUGUACAUUGAUAUGUAUUUAUUUCUGAUAUGAUAUUUCUAAUAAAGUUGUUAAAUUGUUCAAAUA